AUGGGCUCCAUCAGGUCCUCCGCGUCCCAGACCGCGGUCCAUGCGAAUACGAGCGGUGAAGACUUGAAGGCUUCCGAGUCCAACGGAGCCCAGCAGCAGACCAUCUUGCCCACUCACAAUGAGAAAGCCCUCGCCCGCCGACCAGGGCUCUUCCGCGUCGACAGCGCCGGUGAGAGCGGACGCCGAGGAAUCGACCCGCUCAAGAUGCUUCUCGUCAGCUUCAGGAGCACCUGUACGCUGUCCAUGAUCGUCAACAUCCUGUGGCCCUUUGUGCCAGCCGCCAUUGUCAUGCAUUUUGCCCGUUCCGAAAGUCAUGUCUGGGUGUUCAGUCUCAACUAUAUUGCCAUGGUCCCGUCAGCGAAUCUGUUAGGCUUCGCAGGCGGCGAGUUGGCCAAGAAGCUGCCCAAGAUGCUAGGGGUCUUGCUGGAAACGACCCUGAGCUCCGUGGUGGAGAUCGUACUGUUCAUGGUCCUGCUGCGUUCUCCGGGGGACCUCAUCCCCGUCAUCCAAGCAGCCAUCCUCGGCUCCAUUCUGGCCAACUUGCUCCUCUGCUUGGGCAUGUGUUUCUUCGUUGGGGGUGUGAGACGUCACGAACAGUCCUUUCAUGAGGCCGUCAGUGAGGUUGGAACAGGACUCUUGCUGGUCGCCGGCUUUGGCCUUUUGAUUCCCAGCGCGUUUUACUCGGCCCUGAAGGGGAGCACCUCCCUGAAAACAUAUCCGUUGGAAAAGUUGCGAACGGAUACCCUGACGAUCAGCCGUGGGACGGCCGUGAUUCUUCUGGUCGCUUUCUUGAUGUGCGUUCUGCCCUUCCUCUUCAUGCCCCACUGUGGUGCUGACCCGUCCCUCUCUAGCUAUCUUUGGUUCAACCUGCGCAGUCAUAACACGCUCUUUGAUGAAAUCUUGGAAAAGGAUGAAGCGCUCGACGAGGACCGGGCCGAAGAGGUGACGCGGAACAAGCUCACCCUAUCAGAAUGUCUCCUGGCCAUUGCCAUCUCUCUGGCCUGUGUCUGCAUGUGCGCCGUGUUCCUCGUCCACGAGAUCGAGUUUAUUGUGGAGCGCGGCGUCCCGGACCCUUUCAUGGGCUUGAUUCUGGUGCCGCUGGUCGAAAAGGCCGCGGAGCAUCUGACGGCCGUGGACGAGGCGUGGGACAACCAGAUCAACUUUGCGCUCUUCCACUGUCUGGGCCCGUCGAUCCAGACGGCACUGCUGAACGCACCGCUGGCCGUGAUCGUUGGGUGGGGGCUGGGCAAGGAGAUGAGCCUGAACUUUGAGAUUUUCAUGAUCGUGCUGGUGGUGCUGGCAAUCCUGGUGGUGGGCAACUUCCUGCGGGAUGGCAAGUCCAACUACCUCGAGGGCAGUCUCUGCGUGUUGGUCUACGUUAUUAUCGCCCUGACGACGUGGUUCUAUCCGAACGGCUCGGACGCGUCGACCAACGGGCUGGUGGAAUAA